AUGGACGAAGACCUAUACGUACGCCCUGGCCCAGUUAUGGAUAAAGAAAGAACUAAAUCAUUUGUUAAGCGUUUCCCCCGUUCAUUGAGACGCAAGGAUGGUGCCGGAUCCGUUAGUAAUGGUAGCACUUCGAGUAUAGGGACUAAUCAAAACACGGAAAUUGGUGGUAUAUCCGAUAAUUCAAACCCUUCUGAUAGAGCAAAUACACCGAUUAGUGAUAAUGGUGGUAAUGACGAAUCCUCUCACACGUCGGAUCCAUCUCAGUCCUCUCAAGCUAAGCAACAACAAAACCAGACGGCUCCUAGUUCCAAAUUGACCAAAUUGAAACACAUUUUCCAAACCAAUAGUAAUAACGGCAAUGGUACCAGUGCAGCGGCAUCCGGUGGAUCCGAAACCAAUAAUUCUACUGCGUCUUUGACUCCACCGUCUUCUUCCACUGCACCUGCUAGUAAUUCCAAUUCACCAAGGCGCAGAUCUCCAUCUACGCCAGGAAAUUCCAAUUCAAAUGUAAACUCCAGCCACUCUCAUGGCCCAGGGUUGAAUGAUAAGGUUAAGAGCAAGACUGACCCCAAUAAACAGUCAACAACUGACCAUAAUCCAUUUAAUGGUGAUGAUUCUUCAUCUUCUCAACCUGGGAAGAAUGACAAAGAUGCACCAACUUUACCUGAUACCCAAUCCUCUCAAGAAUUAGAUAACAGUUUUAAUUCACAAUGGACGAAGUUUACAGAAUAUCCGGCUGUUCCGUCUUCUUCGUCAACUGCCGGCUCAGGAGUUUCCACUAGUAAAGACCAUAGAAGUUUGAGUAAUCAAUCGCUAAAUGAAAUUAAGGAGAACGAAGAAGUGCACGAAUUUUAUACUAAAGAUGGUAUCAGGGCCUCAUCACCUUCAAAGGCAGCUUCAUCUCCACCAGAAAGUUUUCACAGUCCAACUAAUUUGACGCCCCAAGAUACUUUUCUACCUUUUCCAGCAAUCGUUGUUGGAGUCGACAAUGAAUAUGAAGAUGAAUCUAGUUCACGUAUUACAAGAUCACCAGAUCGUAGCACUCACAGAGCCCAUCGUGGUUCUUCACCACCAAUUCCUUUACAACAAGAUAAAUUAUCAAGUCAGCAAAAAGAGCAACGGGAGCAAUCGGAUAAUAUUUUACAGACUAAACCGAUUUUGAGAAGAGCUUCUUCAGUACCGAAUGUUCUGAAAAGUAAAAGACUUGUCAGUGAAAAUGGAGAUGGUAAUAAUGCUACGGUUCAAGCCAGCAUAGGUUCAUCAUCACCAUCUAAGGCCUCACCACAAGUUUCUAGCGAUUAUGAAGAACCAAAGAGAUCUUCUAGGUUGAGGACGAAAUCAUUUAGCAACAAAUUUCAUGAUAUUAAAGUGGGGCCAGGAUCUUUUGAGAAAGUCAGAAUUCUAGGUCAAGGUGAUGUAGGUAAGGUUUUUCUGGUCAGAGAAAAAGUUUCUAAUAAACUUUAUGCCUUGAAGAUUUUUUCUAAAGCUGAAAUGAUCAAAAGAAAAAAAAUCAAACGUAUACUGGCGGAACAGGAGAUUUUGGCCUCAAGUAAUCACCCUUUUAUCGUGACUCUUUAUCAUUCUUUUCAGUCUGAGGAUUAUCUAUACCUGUGCAUGGAAUACUGUAUGGGAGGUGAGUUCUUUAGAGCGCUACAGACAAGACGUUCCAAAUGCAUAUCAGAGGACGACGCUAGGUUUUAUGCAAGUGAAGUCAUUGCUGCCUUGGAAUACUUACAUCUGAUGGGGUUCAUUUAUAGAGAUUUGAAACCCGAAAAUAUUCUUUUGCAUAAAUCGGGCCAUAUUAUGCUUUCUGAUUUUGACCUCUCCAUUCAAGCUAAAGAUGCAAAAGAUCCUGUGGCUAAAGGUACCGCUCAAUCCACUAUAGUCGAUACAAAGAUUUGUUCCGAUGGUUUUAGAACCAAUUCAUUCGUCGGUACCGAAGAAUAUAUUGCACCUGAAGUGAUUAGGGGCAAUGGUCACACUGCUGCUGUCGAUUGGUGGACCUUGGGAAUUCUCAUUUACGAAAUGCUUUUCGGAUGUACGCCUUUCAAAUCAUCUAAUACCAAUGAAACUUUCUGCAACAUUUUGAAAAAUGAGGUUAAUUUUCCCAAUAGCAAUGACAUUGGAAGAUCUUGUAAAGAUUUGAUCAAAAAAUUAUUAAUUAAGAACGAACUAAAGCGUUUAGGUUCUAAGAUGGGAGCUGCAGACAUCAAGAGACAUCCAUUCUUCAAAAAAGUUCAGUGGUCCUUUUUGAGAAACCAAGAACCACCAUUGAUUCCAGUUUUAACGGAUGACGGCUACGAUUUGACCAAAUUAUACGCGAACAAGAAUAAAGGCAACGGACCUUCCAAUGGUAUGAGCUCAUUUGAAAAGCUUGAACGUAACAUGUUUGAAGAAACUGUGGAAUACGACGAUCAAGUAUCAGACACCGAUCCAUUCCAUGAUUUCAACUCCAUGAGUCUCAUGAAACAGGACAAUAAUUCAUUAAUUUACGGUGACAGCAACUCCUACGGUAAAAUAUCGUACACUCCUAAUUCAAAUAGGUCAAGGAGUAACAGUCAUAAGGGCUUUUUCAAAAGGUAG